AUGGAAAGUAAGCUACCGUCGACAACCUUUCGAGCCAUUGCAUCUUUGGUGGUCCUCUUCUUCCUUGCGACGACCUUUCUUGGUCUCAGGAUAUAUGCUCGAGUCACCGCGUUGAGAAGCUGGCGACUAAGGACGGACGACUAUGUUCUGUUUGCCGCGUGGGUUCUCUUCACGGGCAUGAUAUUCCUCCGCGUCGCGCUUCUCAGUGCGUCGACGUUUGCUGGGAUAUUGACGGUCCCCAAGUACAGCAGAAUCAGCGGAGCAGCCGGGGUAAUGUCAAAUAUGGCUUGGGCUCUCAGCAAGACAUCAUUCGUGUUCACGCUCUUGCGCCUGAUGACGGGGAAGCUUCGAUGGAUGCUGUGGUUUAUCAUCUUCUCCAUGAACCUCUUCAUUGUGCUCUGGCUGCCGUUGUUUCUCAGCCCGUGUGUCCCCGGCGGAUCGGGACCGUGCUGGCCUCGCGAGACAACAGUACCGUUUGGGAUUUUUGUUUGCGACACGUUAAGCAACCUCUUCAUAUGGGAAAGCGCCGAAACAUCAGCAACGAUCAUGGCCGCCUCGAUUCCCGUGCUGCGGAAGCUCGCUCUAAACGUAACGAUGGGGCAUUCCUCCCACGAGAGUAGCGAAGCUACGAUGCUAUCCGUCUUUCAGCGCCAGUUACGCAUCGCUGGCAUCAGUGCCGAUGAUGACAACCAACAUGCGGACCAACCCACGAAUCAUACCGGUGCUUCUUCUGCGAACUGUGCUCGGGCAUAG